AUGCCUAUGAAUGCAGGUGUUAAAGAGACCCUGUUUGGACUGGAUUCAUCCCGAAGGUCGAUGGGACAACCUCUUAGUGUCUCCUUGCAUAAUGACACGGAUGAAGACUACGUGGCUCGAAUCGCUGAUCUCUGCAGUCUUGGCCCCAAUUUCCUUCAAGAAUUCGGCUUUGUUGUGGAUUUGCAAAGUGGUGUGAUGCAAAUAAAAGCCGAAGAAUCGCCUGUGUAUCUGGUCAAGCUACGUCGUCGCAAAAGGACCCUUCCCGCAAAGACAGAUGCGCUCUUCAGAAGUUCCUGUGUGGGGGACGGCGGACAAUUCUCGAGUGUUGAGAAUGGACCGGGAAAGGGUGGGCGUAUUCCCGUGAGAGCUCUGCCGACAAAGUUGAAUCCCUGGCUUUCAAGUGGACUCCAGUGGGCACUGUUGGACCUUCCUGAUAGUCGAUUGGUUCGAUGGAGGAAGUUCAAAAUGACCAACCGACCAUCCUGGCAAGAAUUCGUUCCAAAGAGUCAUGUUGCGAUAUCAUAUAAGAGGAAUUUGAAAGUACAUUUACGUCUGCAUAUGCAAGAGAAACCAUACAUAUGUGACAUUUGUAACAAACCCUUUUCGGAUAAGGCGAAUUGCAAAAGACAUUUAUGUACCCAUACUGGCAAGAAACCGUAUACAUGUGAGUUUUGUAACAAAUCCUUUUCGGAUCAGGUGACUUUCCAAAGACAUUUAUAUACGCAUACGGGGGAGAAACCAUAUGCAUGUGUAUUUUGUAAUAAAUUGUUUUCGAAUAGGAGGAAUUUAAAAGUACAUUUACGUACGCAUCCGGGAGAGAAACUGUUUACAUGCGAGUUAUGUAAAAAAACAUUUUACCACAGCCAGAAUUUAAAAGUACAUUUGCGGCUGCAUACAGGAAAGAAACCGCAUACUUGUGAUGUUUGUAAUAAAUCCUUUUCUUAUAAGGGGAAUUUCAAAAGACAUGUAUGGACGCAUAGUGGAGGGAAACCGUAUACAUGUGAAUUUUGUAACAAACCCUUUUCGGAUGUGGGGAAUUUGAAAAGACAUUUACGAACGCAUACGGGAGAAAAACCAUAUAUAUGUGAAUUUUGUAACAAAUCCUUUUCGGAUAAAGGGAUAACCCAAAGACAUUUACGGACGCAUACACAAGAGAAACUGUUUACUUGCGAAUUCUGCGAUAAAGCUUUUUCCCUGAUUGGGCGUUUAAAAGUACAUUUACGUCUGCAUACGGGAGAGAAACCGUAUACUUGUGACGUUUGUAAUAAACCCUUUUCAGAUAAAGGGAGUUGCAACAGACAUUUACGUACGCAUACGGGAGAGAAACCAUAUAUAUGUGAAUUUUGUAACAAACCCUUUUCGGAAAAUUGGCGUUUCAAAAGACAUUUACGUACGCAUACUUGA